AUGGCAGAGCGAGCGGUUGAUAGGAGUGUUAGAGCAAGUAAUUUAAGUGUAGUUAACCUUAGAGAUUGGAGUGCAAUCAUUGGAAGAGUAGGGUCCGUUAGUCGUGAAAGAGAACAGCAGUGUUAUAGAUGUGGAAAGCAAAGAAAUAAGAAGAAUGUGUGUCGGUGGGCAUUGGAAGUGUGUUUCGGGUGUGGGCAGACGGGUCAUAUAGUGAGUGAUUGUGUUAAUUGUGCAAAGAAUGGUCAUUAUGCUAGGAUGUGUAAAGAACCACUGGCAAAAUGUGUUGAAUGUGGGAUGGAAGGUCAUGUAGUGAGUAAUGGAUGUACAAGUUACAGAGUGAGUGUGAAAUUAGGAAAUGUAACAAGGAGGUACGAGGAAUAG